AUGCCCAUUGAUCUCUCGCGCGGCAUGUAUGGGCCAAACCAUCAGCAGGGACACAAUUCGCGCCUCAAUGGUGUCCCUGGAGGUCGUGGCAUCGCGCCACAGAUGAUGUACAAUUUCGUUCAGCAGCAGGGUUCGCAUUCACAUCAUACUCAUCCUCAGCAACACCACCAAAGCCUCCCUCAGGAUCAUGCAGGCCACGCAGGUACCUCGAGUACCCUCACCCACUCUACAUUUUCUUCCGGUCUUAUGUCCAAUGUAACUCCAUUCACGCCAAGCAGUCACCAGAACGGAAAUACUCCAGGUUCUCGGGGUGGCCAAACCCAGCAGUACAGCGAGCACUGGAACGAGCAAUUAAAAUCUUACAAGGAGUCUGAACGUGCCCACCAGACCAUGACGGAGCAGCACCAACCCCACUACUUUGCUAGGCUACGGGCGAACGAGAACAAAGGUAUCGGCCCAGCUCUCCCGAGUUCCAACCAACCUGAAUCAACAGUUGAUGGAGAGUUGGAGGAUAGAGGCCGUCCCGUUAACGUCGAUAAGGCCCUCGAUCGGCAGGAUUGGCUGAACCUCGACUUCAGUGGGCAAGGGUUAAAGAAUCUAUCCACUAUGCUCUUUAAUCACUACUCCUUCCUCACUGAACUUUAUCUUGCCUCCAAUAAUCUAACCCGUUUACCGCGGGAGAUAGGGCAACUCAGAUCACUGCGGUACCUUGAUGUGUCUCAUAACCAACUCAGCAUGUUACCCCCCGAGUUAGGCAUGUGUACUCCUCUCCGCCAGCUGCUCCUCUACAACAAUAACAUUCAAACUAUCCCCCCGGAACUUGGCGCGCUGCAUUUUCUGGAAUUACUCGGUGUUCAUGGCAAUCCACUAGAACAAGACCAAAAGCAGAAGCUCGUCGAGGAAGGUACCAAGGCCUUGAUUGCCCAUCUCAAGGAGCAAGCACCAGUACCUAUACCACCGAACCCGCGUUUACCCAUCACUAUUCAGGAAGAUGUAGGUUCGGAUAAGGAGCACAUUCGCGUCAUGUCAUGGAAUACCCUCUGCGACAAGUAUGCAACCAGUACGCAAUAUGGUUACACCCCGGCUAGUGCCCUAUCGUGGGAGUAUCGGAAGGACAGUAUCAUGCGGGAAUUUCGUGAACGGAGCGCCGAUAUUCUCUGCCUACAAGAGACCGCUAUGGAUGCGUUCGAAACGUUUUUUACCCCGGAGCUUGGUAAACUUGGCUACAAGGGCGUAUUCUACCCGAAGACUCGUGUCAAGCACUUAACAGGCAAGGAUCAACAGUCAGUCGACGGCUGUUCUAUCUUUUAUAAAAGCGACAAGUAUAUCCUGUUGGAUAAGCAGCUAGUAGACUUUAGGCAGACGGCCAUCAAUAGACCUGAUAUGAAAUCAGCUGACGACGUCUUCAAUCGAGUCAUGCCGAAAGAUACUAUUGCCGUCUACUGUUUCUUCGAGUCAAGGUUUACUGGUAAUCGAUUCAUCGUCGUCAACGCACAUCUAUGCUGGGAAUCAUUCUUAGCCGACGUCAAAGCCGUACAAACAGGAAUAUUGAUGGAGCUUGUUACGAAGCAAUCGGAGAGGUACACGCGUCGGCCGGCCCUAUCGAUCGAGGAGAAGAAGUUAGGCAAGCCUGUGAUCGUGGAAGAAGACGUGGACGCUGCUGAAGAAUAUCCCGAGCCCGCGCCUAGUCAGGAGUAUCGCAAUAAUACAGACAUUCCCCUAUUUCUUUGUGGCGAUUACAACUCGAUGGCGGAUAGCUCCGUAUACGAACUCCUAGAGAAGGGACGGAUACCUCCUGAUCAUCCUGACUUAAUUGGCCACUCGUACGGGAAUUUUACGCGUGACGGCAUUGAGCAUCCUUUUAGCCUGCGUAAUGCGUACGCCCACCUGUUCGGAACUCCAGCGGAGCUAAGUUUCACGAACUACACACCGACGUUCUCAGGCGUGAUCGAUUAUAUAUGGUAUACUACCAAUACGCUAGACGUCGUCGAGUUACUUGGGCCUCCGGAUUAUGAGUAUCUCAAACGCGUUCCCGGAUUCCCGAACUACCAUUUCCCGGCUGACCACAUACAAAUCAUGGCGGAUUUCGUCUUUAAGUCGAGGAAAGACAAGAAGGUGAUUGCUGACCAAGAUAGGUCCGGCGGUCCGUCUAGGAAUUGA